AUGACGCUCUUUUUUGAUACAAAAGUUCAAUUUUUGGAUGAAAAGACCAUUAGUACGGUCAGUGAUUGGCAUCCAAUUGAAUCGUUAUUUGCUGUGGCAAGUUACAGUCAAGACAAAGGAGGCUCAGUGACGAUUUUUAAUGAUUUGGGACAAGCCUUGCCUGAUAUUUCGUAUCCUUUUAACUCGAUAUCACAAUCUACAGCUGUUCGUUGGCAUCCGGAGAAGAUUUUAUUGAUUUCUGGUUGGGAGAAUGGUGAACUGCAUGUUUGGUACGAAAAUCGUCGAGAUUUCGCCCUGGUUAAGAGUCCCCAUCAGAGUCCCAUUAUUUUGCUCGAGUUCAGUGAGCAAGGAGGUCGUUUUGUCACCGCUGACUCUAUGGGAGUCCUCAUUGGAUGGCGCUGUGACUCCAAUAGUCAAAUGUUGACAAUGUUCACGCACGAUUUGAAGGAACAUUUGCUACAUAUCACUUUCCGUAAGACAGUCGCUUCUCCCGUGAGUGCUGAGCUAUCGAAUCUCGCCAGAGCUGCAGUUGGAGGCGAUGAAAGUGCUUUAGAUACACUUACAAACUGGCGUCCGAAGACUGCGGCACGAAAUUUAGCUCAUUCUGGAGUUAAAGACAACCAUUGUUUCUUCGCUGGAACGCAAUCCGGUAUACUGUAUUACAUUAAUCAAGGAGGAACAUGCACUGAGGUCUUUAAAAGCGACAAUAGUCCAAUAACGCAGAUUUUGUGGCAUGAAAAACGGGAAGCUAUUGUUGCGUUGAUGGAAGAUAUGUCCUUAGUGCAUUUCUCGGUGAGUGCUGAUGGAACAUUGAAUGAUGUGGAUCGCGUGAAGUUAAGUGGGCGCAUUCCAGGACACACUGGAGAGAUUUCCUGGGCAGCUACGGAUGUCUUAGCGAUUAUUAUAGGUGAUUUUACUGUGAGAGUUUGGAAUAUAAUGACAAGUGAAACACAAUUAUUGGAGACUAACUUACCUGAAAAUGGUCCUCCAGCGGCAAAUCAGAUUUUUACGUGCAUCGCUUAUUGCAAAGAGAGCAAUACCCUGUGUGCUGGUUCCAAUCAAGGCAAUUUAUUUACCUGGAAAAGGAUUAAAAGUCAAAAUUUCGAUGAAACAUGGCAACUUUCGAACAUCACCAGAGUCCGUGGAGCAAUUAAACAUUGUUUAUGGGGCGUUUGUGACACUAACAAGUCCUGUAUCUUGGUAAAUUGCAUCUCAAACUGUUUCAUAUUAAAAGAGCAAGAACUACUGUCGUUACAUAAUCGAUCGCUAUCGGCUGUGGCCAAAACUGCGACGCAACUCAACAUGGAAGAUGAGAAAGGAGUGAAAGGAGUCCUCACGACAGAUUACCCAAUCACCGAUGUGUGCGUCAAUGAAACGGAUCUCGUGUGCACCAAUGGACGACAAGUUUACACAUAUCGCAUUGAAAAAGUUUCGUCUGAAGAUCAACAAGAUUCUUACCUGAAAGUGACUUUAAUGGGAUCUUUUCAGUCUGAGUCGCGCCAAAUUUUUAUUUACGACAAAAAUGUGGCGAUUUUGAACAAUAACGAAGCAAAAAUUGUCUCUUUGAGUGGCGUGAUGCUGCAAGAACUGCACUUUAAUGACACCGAAGGCAAACCUAUUGGCAUGGAUUUAACCAAUAAUUGGUGCACAGUCUUUUCUAUGAACGGCUACAUCAAAGUUUAUGACAUCGCGAAGCAUGAACCGCAAUUAUUGAUCACCAGAAAUGGCUACGAUUUGUUUGAAAACUUUGGGGAAGUCAUGUAUGCCAAAGCGAAUGCUACGGGAACUUAUUUGGCCAUGACGAUUGCUAAUGAAAACCUUAUCCCUGACCGGAAAUUGUAUUUAUGGAAUAUUGAAAAAGACAAAGUCAUGUUUUUCGAUUUUAUGGAUGCGGAAAUGAAAAUUCCAAAAUUACCGAUCUCUUUCUAUUGGGAUGAGGAAGAUAGUCGUUUCCUAGCAUGUCAAACAAAGACCAUCCACUCGAAAAAGCACGAAAACUUGACUCCAACGAUCGCAGAUGAGCAAAUUUCGAUAGUUUUUGUGACAGAUCGUGAUGAAUUUGGCAUUUCUGAGGAGAUGGACCUUACUUCUAAUGAAAAACUCAUCAAUUUAUGUGUGCCCCAUGUUGUCACCUUAAAAAUUACCACUAUUCAAAAGCACUUUUUGCGCGAUUUCCGUGGAAUUGAAUUUUGUGACGAAGCUACACGUAAAACUGUCUUAAAUUUCUCCUUGAACGUCGCUUUGGGAAAGAUGGAUGAGGCUUUUGGCUGUAUUCGAACACUAAACACGCAGCAAUCAAAUUCGGUCUGGAAUAAUUUGGCAAAAAUGUGUGUGACAACGCAACGUCUUGACUUGGCAAAAAUCUGUUUGGGGCAACUUAAGAUGGCAAGAAGUGUCAGAGCUGUCCGUAAAGCCAUGGAAGACAAUUCUUUGGAGCAAGAAGCGAAAAUGGCGGUACUUGCAAUCGAAUUGAAUAUGUUGGAUGAAGCGAAGGAACUUUAUAAAAAGUGUGGUCGUUACGAUUUGCUGAACAGAUUACAUCAAGCAAUGGGAGAAUUUGAUGAGGCAGUUAAAGUUGCUGAAGAACACGAUCGUAUCCACUUGAAAAACACUUAUUACAAAUACGCGGAAUGGUUCCGUGAGAAAGGUGACAUCCAAAACGCCUUGCAAUAUUACGAGCAAAGUAUGAAUCCAACACACAAUGUCACUCAAAUGCUCAUGGAAGAUCCUCAAGCACUGAAAAAGUACAUGCAAAAGACCACAGAUAAAAAUUUACUAAAAUGGUGGGCAAAAUAUGUCGAAUCAACGGGUGACAUGGACACAGCUUUCAAAAUUUAUCAAAAAGCUGAAGACUGGUUCUCUCAAGUUCGAAUCCUUUGCUUUUUAGGACAACUUAACAAAGCAGAGGCAAUUGCUAAGCAAUAUGACGAUCGCGCUGGAUGCUAUCACCUUGCCCGUCACUAUGAAAAUAUGGAAAAGUAUCAAGAGGCAAUCAAUUUUUAUACAAGAGCUAAAACUUAUGGCAACGCGAUCCGGAUUUGUAAAGAAAAUGAUCUUCAAACUGAGUUAUGGAACGUAGCAUCUGUCGCUCAAGCUGCCGAUAAAGCUUCUGCAGCAGCGUACUUUGAAGAGAUUGGUGACUAUGGAAAAGCUGUCGAACUCUAUCAUAAGGCAGGAAUGAUAUCACAAGCAGUUGAAAUGGCCUUUGCUUCACAACAGCCCGAAACGCUUCAAGUAAUUGCCGCAGAGCUUGAUAACAAAUCAGAUCCUGAACUAGUUCAACGAUGCGCUGAGUUUUUCAUUGACAUCAAUCAGAAUCAAAAAGCUGUUUUACUUCUCUCUAAUAGUCGUCAGUUUCAAAAAGCAUUGGAAAUUGUGUCCAGUAAAGGAGUUCCAUUGACCGAAACUCUCGCUGAUCUCUUGACACCUGAUAAAGAAGAACUUGAUGAACAUACUCGUACAGACAUUUUAAUCCAACUUGGUGACAUUCUUCAGCAACAAGGAGAUUAUCAAAUGGCGACGAAGAAAUUCACUCAAGCUGGUGACAAAAUUCGUGCCAUGAAAAGUCUCCUUAAAUCUGGGGAUCGUGAUAAAAUUAUCUACUUUGCGAGUAUGUCGCGACAGAAAGAAGUCUAUAUCAUGGCUGCAAAUUACUUGCAAGGACUUGACUACCAAAGUGAUGGCAAAGUAUUGAAACACAUUGUCCAGUUCUAUACAAAAGCUCAAGCUUACGAUCUUUUGAGUAACUUCUACGCUCGUGCAGCUCAAAUUGAAGUCAAUGAAUUCAGAGAUUACAAAAAAGCACUAACUGCAUUACAAGAAGCUGCAAAAACUCUUACUAAAGUACCAAACACUGUAAAAGCGCAAGAUACGUUACAACUAACAAUCGCUGAGGUACGAAAAGUUUUGGAAAUUUACGACUUGUAUGAACAUCAAGAGUUUACAGCGGUUAUCAAUGAAGCAAGAAACUUGUUAAUGAAUACAGAAAAGCCUCCGAUACGUCAUGUUCAUGUCAUGGGACUUCUUGUUGAAGCAUUGAUCUCCACGAAACAAUAUCAAGAAGCACUUGGUUUGUUAAGAGAACUCGUCAUUAAAACGUCUGACGGUGAAUUCCGAGAGUUUUUGGAUAAGGGACUCGUUCAAAGAUUAACCGCUGAACUAGGAGUCGAUUUUGAGGCGAUUUGGAAUGUUAAUAUUCGGCAAAAGUCCUUUGGGGACGAAAGCGAGGGCGAGGAGAUUGCCGAAGAGGUGGAGUAA